UAUCGCUAGGAACACGGUGGCCGAAAUGAUGCAUACAAGAGUUUCGUGUAGGACAAUGUGUCGGACGUGACAAUCCUUUCAGACCACCCACACAUGCUUCCUUCCAGUUAUAUAUAUAUAUAAAUUUCACAUUUCACCCCUAAUUUACUGCCCCUUGAUAACGUAAAGGAUAACAAUGGCAACCCAAAUAAAGCAUCUGUUUUCAUUUGGAGCAUUGGCUGAUAUUCAGUAUGCAGACAGAGAUGAUGGACAUAAUUUCCAGCGAACUAAGAUAAGAUUUUAUAGAAAUGCUGAAAACUUACUCAAAGAUGCUCUGGCUGAGUGGAAAAAAAGACAGCCAUCAGUUACAUUUGUUCUCCAGCUUGGUGAUUUGAUUGAUGGCGUCAAUAAACGAACUAACAACAGUGAGGCAGCUUUAAACAGAAUGCUGGCUAUAUUUCAGGACCUUCCUGUCCCAACUUACCCAAUUAUUGGCAACCAUGACCUGUAUAAUUUCCAGCACUCUGAUCUAAUACAGUCUGCCUUAUUUGACAGUGUUAGAAAGCUUCCGCAGAACAACUCGGACACUUUGCAGGAUGGAAGAACUUGCUACGAUAUAAAUGAACCAUCUGGGUAUUACUCAUUUGAACCAUGUAGUCAGUACCGAAUUAUUUGCCUCGACUGCUAUGACUUUGGUGUACCAGGACAGCAUGUUGACUCACCUCAGUACUUGAUAGCAAAAGAAAUUUUACUUCAGAAUAACUCAAAUAAUGAUUUGAAUUCACCUGAAGGGCUGCAUGGCUGUCAAAGGAGAUUUGUGCAAUAUAAUGGAGGUGUUGGCGAAAAACAGCUCCAGUGGUUGAGAAAAGAAUUGCAGCUAGCAGAAAGUAAAGACCAAAAAGUGAUUGUCUGUGGUCAUAAUCCAAUAUUUGUCGAAAGUUCAGACCCCCAGUGCCUAUGUUGGAAUUAUGAGGAAAUCCUUGAUAUCCUACACAGUCACAAUAAUGUUGUCAUGUACAUGUGUGGACAUGACCACGAUGGUGGAUAUGCUAUUGACAAACAUGGCAUCCAUCAUGUGACAUUUCCGGGAAUAAUUGAAACACCUCCUGAACUCAAUGCCUAUGUUACCAUUGAUGUUUUCACUGAUAGAAUAGAAAUGUGUGGGCUUGGAUGUGUGGAAACCAUUUUUGUCUAGAGUAAUUUUUUCCCCUAGAGUUUUGUACAAACAUAGAUUUGUAUGUUACUUGAACUGUAUUUCCAGUACUUUAUGUAUUGGCUGUUAGGGAUUGGAUAUCUGGUAUUUUUUUUAAUAUUAAAAAAACUUAUGGAUUUAUAAUAAUCUUCAGAAUUGAAUUUGUAUGGAACAGUGAUUGGCAUGUUGCCUUGUAGAAUGGAGAUACAGGAAAUUGUGUGGAAAAUGUCCACUUCUUUGUAUCUCAUUAUGCAAACAUUUAGAGUAACUAAAUACCCAUGGAAUGAUGUGCUCCCUGCUAGAUCUGAUAAAAACAAAGCCAGGACAACCCACCAGGUCAAGCCAGGACACCUAUGGUGUGAGACAACUGAUAUUUCCACCCACCUGGAUACAAAGUAUAGUGUUAAGUAUCCAAGUCAAGAGCACAACAAAGUCUGAUAGCAAGAUGGGGUUAGAACUUUUCACCUUUGUUCAAAGGGUCCUAUACUGUGACCAUGCCGUCACCUCAUGUCAGAAUAAGGUGGAAAUUGGUUGUCUUGAAAGAGUGCAUUCCAUUUUGCAGUAUUAAAAUGAACACAAUUGUUUUGAGUAACCUAAGAGCAAAGUUGUAAUGCUAAAAUAGACAUCGUAUUAUGACAUAUUUUUGAUAAUUAGUACUUUGAGGUUCAAUAAAAAUCGUCCUAAUCUACAAAAUUAUGAUAUAACUCAAAAUCUGUCUGUGUCUAAGGAGUAAAAGUUAUUUUAAGUAUUUUUCUUAUAUUUUAUCAGAAAAUAUAAUUGCUCAGGUUGAGAAUAUUAGGGUGAGAAGUUGUCUGUGAUUGUUAUUGAAUUUUUUUUUUUAUUUUAAAUGGCUGUGAUUCCUACAUUUACAGAUUUUUAUGAAUGUAUGUUUAUAUGACAUUAUUGAUGUGACAUUUGUGUUUGAACACCACAAAAAAGUAAGGCAUGAAAAUUGUUAUGUUUGUCAUUGUAAAUCAUCUUUUGAAUAAACCAUUUAUGUAUGAUUUAUAAUUCAAAUGCACUAAUGGAGAACUAAUAAUCGUGAAGGAUGCUGACUGCUGUCAGUUAUUCUCAUUAACAACCAAUAUAUUCUGUUUUAAAUGAAUUUGAACUUUAUUUCUUUGAUCUUUAAAGAUUUAUUAAGUCACAUUUUGCAAGUAACAUUGUUUAAAAAAACAGCUAUUGAAUGUAACAGACACCACACUAUCAAACACUGACUCAUAUUUUUAAGAAGACUGCUGACAGCAAAAGCCUCAUUCACAGAAAGUAUCAACUAUUUUGGCUAAUCUUCGACUGCAAAAUCUGGAUAGCUAACUUCAAGAAGUGUACUUUCUGGUGUCAGGCUACAGCUUUUAAGAAUUCUUUGGCCCAAAUUAAAUAUAUCUGACAUACCUUGAUCAAUAAUGGGCUACUGUAACCAUUUAAGAGUAAAAGAGAGGACAUUCACAGUUUGCCCAAGGGGCUUAAUUAAAUCGCUCAAAAAUGAGGUAGGUGGCCUUUCAGAUUUUUUGUAAAAUGUAAUUUAGUUUGAAAAAUGAGGUAAGUGGCCUUUCAGAUAUUUUUUUUGCAAAAUGUAAUUUAGUUGGCUAAGUCUUAUUACACCAAAAUCUGACUUGAGACUUAUUGUGCAACAGACCAGAGAUGAAAUUUAUGAAAAAGAUCAUAAAAUAAAGUGCCUUUCUUCAAUCAACAGCAAAUAUUGAAAUCAUUCAUUUCCAAUAUUUCGAUGUCUGUCUAGAGCACCUUCAUCAGGCAAUAUAUAUGAGGUGAACAAUUUCAAUAUUAAUUGUUGAUUGAAGAAAAAUCACUUUACUCUUAUAUCAUUACAUGGCUGAUGAAAUUCU